UUUUGGGGCGCCACCCUGGCUUGGCUCUCUUGUCUUCUUUCGGAGAAGGAAAGCGUCUAGUCACGCUCGAGAGGAGCUCUCAGCUGUGAUCUCAGGGCUUGGGGUCCUGUUGGGAAAUUACCCAGUUGCUUGAUGGUUGUGAGCAGCAAGAUUAUAUACGAACAAGAAGGGGUAUAUAUUCACUCAUCUUGUGGGAAGGCCAUUGACCAGGACAGCUUAAUUUCAGGAAUAUUACGUGUUUUAGAAAAGGAUGCUGAAGUAAUAGUGGACUGGCGGCCAUUGGAUGAUGCAUUAGACUCGUCUAGCAUUCUGUAUGCUGGAAAGGACUCCAGCUCAGUUGUAGAGUGGACCCAGGCCCCCAAAGAAAGAGCUCAUCGCGGGUCGGAACACCAGAGCAGCUAUGAAGCAGAGUGGGACAUGGUUAACACAGUGUCGUUUAAGAAGAAGCCACAUACCAAUGGAGAUGCUUCAAGCCAUAGAAAUGGGAAAAGCAAAUGGUCAUUCCUGUUCAGUUUGGCAGACCUGAAAUCAAUCAAGCAAAGCAAAGAGGGGAUGGGCUGGUCAUAUUUGGUGUUCUGUCUCAAGGACGACGUUAUCCUUCCUGCUCUGCACUUUCAUCAAGGAGAUAGCAAACUGCUGAUUGAGUCUCUUGAAAAAUAUGUGGUAUUGUGUGAGUCAUCACAAGAUAAUAGGAUACUGCUUGUCAACUGUCAGAAUAAGAGUCUUUCACAGUCUUUUGAAAAUCUUCUUGAUGAACCAGCAUAUGGCUUAAUUCAAGCAGGACUGCUAGACAGAAGAAAGCUGUUGUGGGCCAUUCACCACUGGAAAAAAAUUAAAAAGGAUCCUUAUACAGCAACCAUGGUAGGAUUUUCCAAAGUUACAAACUACAUUUUUGAUAGUUUGAGAGGCAGCGAUCCCUCUACACACCAACGACCACCUUCAGAGAUGGCAGAUUUUCUCAGUGACGCUAUUCCAGGUCUGAAGAUAAAUCAGCAAGAAGAGCCAGGAUUUGAAGUCAUCACAAGAAUUGAUUUGGGGGAACGACCUGUUGUUCAAAGGCGAGAGCCCGUGUCACUGGAAGAGUGGAGCAAGAGCGUUGACUCUGAGGGGAGACUGGUGAACGUGGAGGGCAUGAAGCAGAUGAUAUUCAGAGGGGGUCUUAGUCAUUCAUUAAGAAAACAAGCAUGGAAAUUUCUUCUGGGUUAUUUUCCUUGGGAUAGCACCAAAGAGGAAAGAACUCAGUUACAAAAACAAAAAACUGACGAGUACUUCAGGAUGAAACUGCAGUGGAAGUCUGUCAGCGAGGAGCAAGAGAAGAGGAACUCAAGGUUGAGGGAUUAUAGAAGUCUGAUUGAAAAAGAUGUCAACAGAACAGAUCGAACAAACAAGUUUUAUGAAGGCCAAGAUAACCCAGGACUGAUUUUGCUUCAUGAUAUUUUGAUGACCUACUGCAUGUAUGACUUUGAUUUAGGAUAUGUACAAGGAAUGAGCGACUUACUUUCCCCUCUCUUAUAUGUGAUGGAAAAUGAAGUGGAUGCCUUCUGGUGCUUUGCCUCUUACAUGGACCAAAUGCAUCAAAAUUUUGAAGAACAAAUGCAAGGCAUGAAGACCCAGUUAAUACAGCUGAGCACCUUACUAAGAUUAUUGGACAGUGGAUUUUGUAGCUAUUUAGAAUCCCAGGAUUCUGGAUAUCUAUAUUUUUGCUUCAGAUGGCUUUUAAUCAGAUUUAAGAGGGAAUUCAGUUUUCUAGAUAUUCUUCGAUUAUGGGAGGUGAUGUGGACUGAACUGCCCUGUAAGAAUUUUCAUCUUCUUCUGUGUUGUGCUAUCCUGGAAUCAGAAAAGCAGCAGAUAAUGGAAAAGCAUUAUGGCUUCAAUGAAAUCCUUAAGCACAUCAAUGAAUUGUCCAUGAAAAUUGAUGUGGAAGACAUACUAUGUAAAGCAGAAGCAAUUUCCCUGCAGAUGGCACAGUGCAAGGAAUUGCCACAGGCAGUUUGUGAGAUCCUGGGGCUUCAGGACAGUGAAGUUACAACGCCAGACUCGGACACCGGGGAAGAUGAGAACGUCGGAACUGCUUGUCCCACAUGUGCACUCUCAAGUAGCACUUCGCCUGCUCUUGCUGCCAGUGAAGCCAAAGACAACAGCCCAGCGCUGGCACGAGCAUCCCCGAAUGCCCGUAGAUUAACACCUGCAUGAUCCUUUGUCUUACAGUUUUUAAGAGAUAGUUUGUUGCAAUUCCUUUUUAAGUACAUGAAGGUGGACACAGUCUCGGUAUUGAUCAUGCUUUACAUUUCAUGGAAAGACAGUGUACUGAUGUUCUUGCAUUAAAGCUUUACAAAGUUUUAAACUAAUUAUUUUUGUAGUUACUUCUACCAAAUAGCCUUUCCUUUUCAAUAACAUUCCUUAGUAUUUUUAUAACUAAAUAUAUUUUAUUUUGUUGCUGAUGAACCGGGAUUGGAUAGAUAUGACAAGUGGAUGCUUUGGAAAUUAUGCACUUUGGACAGCAUUUGCUCUGUCUUACUCUUUAGUGGGCUUUGGACUUGAUUGAACUAAAUGUUGAGCUUUUCUAGAGCAU